AUGAUAAAGGAUUGUUUUGUGACUGGUGAAUGGGCAGAAGGCGAUGAUGCGAAUAUUGAUGAGAGUGAUGCGAAGAAUAAUAUUGAUGAAGACGGUAGUUCUGAAGAGAGCGAAGGGGAUGAUGACAGUGAUAGUGAUAGUGGCGAAGGUGAUACUGCUGAAAAAAAUAAAUCUACUUCGCAAGGUUUUAAAUUUGAAUUGCAGUUAAAUAAGUCAGUAUUCGAAGAGCUGGAUGACGAAUAUCGCAAUGAACUGGAAGGAUUUAGAGUGGGACAGUACGUGCGGGUCGAGUUUGAUAGCAUUCCGCUGGAAUUCAUCAAAUAUUUCAAUGUGAACAAACCGUACAUUAUCGGAGGGUUAUUGAAUGGCGAGCAGAACAUUGCAUCUGUACAGGUUCGAAUCAAAAAACAUCGCUGGUACGAUCGCGUAUUGAAGUCAAGAGAUCCGCUGAUUAUUUCGUGUGGUUGGAGGCGUUUUCAGACCAUUAUGAUAUAUUGCAUACAAGACCAUAACAUGCGUCAACGUUAUUUAAAAUACACACCUGAACAUAUGUAUUGUGAAGCUGUAUUUUGGGCACCGAUAACCACUCAGAAUACCGCAUUCAUGGCCGUUCAAUCUGUUGAUCAACAGAUGGGAUUUCGAAUAGCAGCAACAGGCGUGGUGCUUAAUUUGGAUAAGGGUUGUGAGGUGGUGAAAAAGUUGAAAUUAAUCGGCAAUCCAUAUCAAAUAUUCAAGAAGUCUGCUUUCAUCAAGGGAAUGUUCUCGACGAGACUAGAAGUGACAAAGUUCGAAGGAGCAGCGAUUAGAACAGUGAGCGGAAUUCGUGGUCAGAUCAAGAAGGCUUUAAGCGAGCCGAACGGUGCGUUCAGAGCAAGUUUCGAGGAUAAAAUUGUGAUGUCUGAUAUCGUCUUUCUUCGAUCAUGGGUUAGUUGCAGU